CGGAUCAGGGCGCUGCAGUCAAUAUAUUGUCACGGCCCAUGUGGACCUGCUGAGAGUUGUAGUCCGCUGAGGAUUUCCAUAAUACAAUGCAGGGAUUCAUCUGUAGGCCCCGCCCUGGUCUGCUGAGCAUUGUAGUCCCCCUCGUGACGCCACUUGUUCUCAGGAUACUAAUGUGUGAGAAGUUUCCUUCUGGACAGGACUUAACCCCUUCCCUUACAGGUGUAAUUGGGUUUUUACUCUUAUUUAACCCAUUCCAGGGAGAAGACAUGGAAAGGAGCUGGAGUCCCGGGAAAGGAGGUCGGGAUCCUGAGGUUUACGUCGGGAACCUUCCUUAUGAUGUGACGGAGGAUGAAAUUUUGAUGUUAUUUAAAGACUUUAACCCCAUACACGCCCAGAAGCUGAAGAAGGACCUGAGAUGUUUCGCCUUCGUCCAGAUGUCCUCGGAGGAGAACGCGUUUCGAGCCAUCGACAAACUCCACCUGACUGUGCUGAGGGGGCGCCAGCUGAAGGUCUCUGCCCCUGUGAAGAGUUUAGGUUUUGCUCAGCAGGUGACGCCCAACGGCUCAGGGGACCCCCAUGACACAGACCGUAUCGGCACUGAUCGUCUGUUCAUCAGUAAUCUGCCCUGCGAUGUCACUGAGGACGACCUCCGUGAACUAUUCCAAGACUUCAAGCUGGAAAGAAUAAAAAUAAUCUACAGAGAAAACUACAGCUUUGCCUUUGUGACGCUGUGCAGCGUGCAGGACGCUCGGAUGGUGAUCUACCAAAUGCACGGCGUAAUGUACAGGGAUCGGCGCAUUUCCUGCAAAGCCUUCAGCCCAAAAAAUAAAGAUUCAAGCAUCUCUGAAGAUUCUGAAGAAGUGUCGGUCAGCUCUAUUAAGUCUGAUCCACGCCACAGAGAGGCACCUGACAGCCCUUCUGGGCAAGAAGAGAACGAAAUGUACAUGGACUACCUCCAGAAAGAUGGCGCCAAGGUAACGCCCCAGAAUCCGACACCGCAACACCGUGACCUGUGGUCAUCAGGGGACAAAUUUAUCUUGAGGAGGCUUGGAGGAUGCGGAACAGCGUCUGUGCACCAGGAACCUCACGAGGACCUACGACCCGACAGUGUAGCAGUGGAUGCCGGUGAUGAUGCCGUCCGGGCCGGUGAGCCCCGUAAUGGUUCCGUGUAUAUAGGAUCUCAUCUGAACCAAUCAUCAGUGACCACAGACCCGAGACUGUCUGAGAGAGUGGCGGAUCCUUUACCUGAGCUGACCCCUGUCAGUGCCCCGGACCUUCAGGACAGUCAGACAGUAUUAGAAGAAGUCACCGCUGCCAGGAACCGGCUCCUAAUCCCGGUGGAGAUGAGGGGACCCUUCUUGGCUGAGAUGCUGAGGGGAUGUUUUGGGGACCUGAGUUGGCUUGAGGACCUUACAGAUACGCGCGGAGAACUGAGUCUCCUUGUGACCAGCACUUACCCGGACACUGACUACUUCUGGGCCACGCGCCUCACGCAGGAAACCUACCUCACCUUAUCCAACAUCUGCAUGAGCCUGGCGCAGGCGCAACCACAGCUGCCAUGUCUGAUGAAGGGUGACGUCCAGAGGGGGGCGCGGUGCAUGGGGUGCUGUGCCCUGACAGACGGAGAGCAAGGGACCUGGAGCAGGUGUUGGGUGGCUGACGUGGCGGCAGGCCUUGCCGUGGUCUUCUUUGUGGAUUACGGAGUGACGAACGUGGUCCCCAUCAGCACUCUGCGGCCCCUGGAUGAUGACCAGUACUGGAGCGUUCCCCCCAUGGCUCUACCGUUUCUUCUGCUAGAAGGAAGUGACGUGGAUGAGUUGGUGGGAACCGUCUUCAGGGGGCGGGUCUGUGGCACUUGCACUAGACAGCGACACAUCCUGAAGUUCUGUCCGUAUCCUAAGGACGACUGAUCCCGCACCCCUUGGACCUCCUUCUUGUUUUGCGCACAGUAUGUAGUUGCCCUCUGUAUUCGUUUCUUUUCAGGAUGACUGAUUGAAUGUUACGGUGAUACAUUUUAUUUUCUGGUUGUUACAUUGAUAUUUGAAUUUGUCCGGAUCCGUUCAUGUAAUAAAUUGACUUAGUGUUUCCGGCGUCUUCUGUUCU